AUGACAACAAAACAUAGUAUUGCAAGCUGUUUGUACAAUAUGGGAAAAUAUAACGAAGCUUUAGAGAGUUAUUAUUAUGUUGAGAAAAUACAUUCUGAAAUCUUAGGUAUAAACCAUCCAGAUACAAUUAGAACUAAACAUAAUAUUGCAAACUGUUUAAAACAUAUGGGAAAAUAUAAUGCGGCUUUAGAAAUUUAUUAUUCUGUUAAUAAAAUAGAUUCUGAAGUUUUAGAUACUGAGGUUUUAGGUAUCAACCAUCCGGACACAAUGAUAACAAAACAUAUUAUUGCAAACUGUUUAAACAUUAUGGGGAAAUAUAACGAAGCUUUAGAAAUUUAUUAUUGUGUUGAGAAAACACAAACUGAAAUUUUAGGAAUAUACCAUCUGAAUACAAUAAUAACAAAACAUAACAUUGCAAACUAUUUAAACAAUAUGGGAAAAUAUAACGAAGCUUUAAAAAUUUAUUGUUCUGUUGCGAAAACACAAACUGAAAUUUCAAAUAUCAACCAUCCAAAAACAAUGACAAGAAUACAAUUUAUCGCAAACAAUUUGCAUGAGUUCGAUAAUUACAAUCCAAAUACAAUGAUAACAAGACAUAACAUCGCAAACUGUUUGUACUAUAUGGGAAAAUAUAACGAAGCUCUUGAAAGUUAUUAUUCUGUUGAGAAAAGACAAACUGAAAUUUUAGAUACUGAAUCAGAUCCUGGACCUGGUGCUACAGAAAAUUUUAAAUUAAGUAAUGAUUCACUUCACCAAUCAAGUACAAAACUUGACAUUGGAUUCAUCACAGUAGAAUGUCUUUCUCAAUCAGAAAUAAAUAUUUUAUUACAAGAUCAUAUUGAGUUUUCUUUAAAAUUGCUAAAUGAUGAUUAA